AUGGCAGCCACUGCGAGUAAAUCUAAGCGACAGGCGUACACUAUUAAAGAAAAGUUGGGGAUUGUGAGGCGGGAGCAGAUUUACAACUGUGACGAGACCGGCCUGUACUACAAGCUGUUGCCUGACAAGAACCUAGGCACCAAAGAAGACAAGCAGACUGGGUUCAAGUCCACCAAGCAACGGGUGACAGUUUUGCUCAAGUGCAACAAGCCUGGGACUCACAAGUUGAAGCCAUUGGUGAUCGGCAGUGCCCAGAAUCCAAGACACACAGUGAAGGAUGCUGUUCUUCAGACAGACAAAGCCUUGAUGAAGGUGACGCCAGCCACCAUCAACAACUGCUGGAUGAAGGGACUUGGGCCAGCAUUCAGGGUUGAUGAAGAUUUCAUGGGGUUUCAAGAAGAUGUCACCGAUGCUGUACGAAAGUACCGCGACUAUGCUAAGGAGAACAGCAUCGAUGUAUCCCCAGAGACGGCCACGGGGUGGAACACGUGCGACGACAACCUGCCGAUUGCCGAACUUCUGAACGACCAAGAGUUGGUUGCCGCAGCUAUGCCCGUCGAAAUCAUUGAUGAUGAAGAGGAUGAAAACAGUGACGAUGAAUCUGUUCAGCCAAUGGCACCCUCCGUUCGAGAUGCCAUUAAUGGGGCUGAGUGUUUAUUGUAG